AUGAACCUGCCUUUGCUCGCCGGACUCAUCUGCUUGCCGGUGCUUCCUGCUUCCCUCAUUGGCCGUCCAGCUGCGAAUCCGAACACACCCGCGCCCACUUCACGCUUUUCGACUCACCUCCCUCCGCCCUCACACACGCUCGGUUGCUGUGGACAGGGAGGCCUCUUGGGCAUCCCCCUGACCUGGGCAACGCGCUGCUGGCUUGCGCAACAUCUUACCCAGAAGUGGCUUGGACAGCUCACAACUCAGUACUCAGCUGCUGCUGCUGCUGCUGCUCACGGCCCGGACGCGGCCACCUGCAUCGCCAACACCCUUCUUUUUAGGCAGCAAUCCUAUCACAGGUACCCAACUGGCCCCCGGCCUCAUUCUCUACAACCGACAAAGGACAAGCUUUCUUCGCUCUCUUUGCGGGACGGUCCGUUAGGUGAGGCCUGGUGCUUGCCCAUGAACCCUACACGCCCACCAACCGAACCGGUCCUUUGCGACCAAAACAGUACCAUUAUGCGUUACCGACCAUCAUCCCUCACACGCGUUUUCAUAGCAAAGCCCAACGACAUGCUUAGAAAUGAGAAUACCUAG